AAUUUUAAAUCAUUACAAGUCAGUGAUGGAUCACAAGUUGCAGAAUGCAAUCCUGAAUAGAAUUCUUCGAAAGAAUUGCUUUAAAUAACAGAGGAAAGAAAAUUAUCCACCACUCUAAAACCCUGAUCUAGAAAAACCUAUUGCACAUACUAGGAAGUUAAAACUGGGGAAAUUUAUCUGACUCUUAAUGUACCUGAAUCAAAGGAACUGUCGCUUUGUUUCUCAAAGGAAUUUUAUAUCUGAGAUUAUUUUAAUAGCCAAUCAUUUUAUUAGAAUCUUGACAUGAUCAUCAGGAAGGAGAAACAGAACAGUCGGUAAAGCCCGUGUGUUGGUCAAGAUGACUUCUGAAGAAAUGGCAGCUUCUGAUCUCAUACCUGUGACUCAGAGAAAAGUGGUGUCUUCUCAGUCAGCUGCAGAUGAAAGUAGUGAAAAGGCCUCAGGCGUCAGUGUUCCAAAGACACAUACUCCUGGGCAGAGUAGGCCGACUUCUCAUACCAUCUCAAAACUGAACAAACCCAAUGAGGAAACUUCUGGAAGCAACUUGCCUAGGAUUCUCUCAACAACAAGGGGGAAAAUCAUGAGUGAUGAGAACAGUAACGAAACGUGCUGGGAGAAAAACAUGCCCGAUUCUGUGAAGAACCUUAACGUGAACGGCAACAACAUAUUGGAAAACCGUCAGUGUGGUCUUCCUCAGAGCCAGUUUUACAAAACAUGCGAUUCUGUUGUAGAGGAAGGCCUGCAUUUGGAAACUGGAAUCCCUUCUUCCCUGGAAAGAAAGGUGUUCCCUGGGAUUCAACUGGAACUAGACAGACCUCCCACGGGCAUUCGUCCCUUAGGAAAUCAAUCAGCAACCAGCAGGGCACACCCCGACAGCGAUUUGGCGGUAUUUCACUUUCAUUAUGAGCUUGACCGAAGAAUGUCGGACAGUGUCUGUUCCCUAUCAGACAACUUGAUUUUGGAUGAUUGUGGAAACUGUGUAUCACUGCCUGAUGUUGGUAGGGAGCAAAAGAAAAAUUAUAUGGCAUAUACUUGCAAACUGAUGGAAUUGGCAAAAAGCUGUGAUAAUGAGAACAAGCAGCGACAGGGUGAUCAUUGUGACGCCUUGAACGAUGAAUACAUGUGCUGUGAAGCUUCCUGCCGAAAGGCCAACGUGGUAUGUUCUAGUGACAGCUUCUGCAGGGAGGGUUUUACUGAUAGUCCAUCUGCUGAGACUUUUCUGAGCCAUUUUGAGGACUUCCCUGAUAAUUGUGAAGACGUAGAAGAUUAUUUUAAAAGUAAAAAGGAGCGAUCUACUUUGUUAGUGAGGAGAUUUUGUAAAAAUGACAGAGAAGUUAAGAAAUCUGUGUAUACUGGGACAAGGGCAAUUGUGAGGACUCUGCCUUCUGGUCACAUUGGACUGGCAGCUUGGAGUUACAUUGAUAUGAAGAGAAGUGGAAGCUCGUUGCCUUGUGGGAGAGUAACGGGCCAGCUAUCAACAGUGCUGAUUAGGCAAGAUGGGAGCCCAUGUCUGUCAGAAGCCCAGUGGUAUCCGAUCUACAAUGCAGUGAGAAGGGGAGAAGAAACAGAAGAUACAAUUGGAUCUCUUCUCCAUUUCUUCACAAAGCUCCCAGCCUCUGAGACAGCCUAUGAAAGGAUUAAUGUUGGUCCCUGCUUAAAGCAAUGUGUCCGAGACACCGUAUGUGAGUACCGUGCCACCCUCCAACGGACAUCCAUAUCUCAGUACAUCACGGGUUCUCUCCUAGAAGCAACCACAUCUUUAGGAGCAAGAAGUGGGCUUCUCAGUACUUUUGGAGGAUCCACCGGACGAAUGAUGCUGAAAGAACGCCAACCGGGCACCUCUGUGGCCAAUUCCAGUGCCCUCCCUUCAAGUUCAGCUGGGAUCAGCAAGGAGCUGAUUGAUCUGCAGCCCCUCAUCCAGUUCCCCGAGGAAGUCGCCAGCAUCCUGAUGGAGCAGGAACAGAAUAUCUACCGAAGGGUCUUGCCGGUUGACUAUCUUUGCUUCUUGACCCAGAACUUGAGCACUCCAGAAUGUCAGAGGUCCCUGCCCUGCCUCAAAGCAUCCAUCUCAGCAUCAAUUCUUAACUCCCAGAACAGAGAGCACAAUGCCCUUGAAGAUCUUGUGAUGAGAUUUAAUGAGGUGAGCUCCUGGGUGACGUGGCUGAUCCUCACAGCUGGCUCCAUGGAGGAGAAGCGGGAAGUCUUCUCAUAUUUGGUGCAUGUGGCCAAAUGCUGCUGGAACAUGGGCAACUACAACACCGUCAUGGAGUUCUUGGCCGGCCUCAGGUCAAGAAAAGUUUUAAAAAUGUGGCAGUUCAUGGACCAGUCUGACCUGGAGACCAUGAGGAGUCUGAAGGAUGCCAUGGCUCAGCACGAAUCCUCCUGCGAGUACAGGAAGGUGGUGACGCGGGCGCUGCACAUCCCGGGCUGCAGGGUGGUCCCGUUCUGCGGGGUGUUUCUGAAGGAGCUCUGCGAAGUGCUGGACGGCACCUCCGGCCUCGUGAAGCUCUGCCCCAGAUACAAUUCCCAGGAGGAAACUCUAGAGUUUGUAGCCGACUACAGUGGACAAGAUAAUUUUUUACAACGCGUGGGACAAAAUGGCUUGAAGAAUUCGGAAAAAGAGUCCACCGUCAACAGCAUCUUUCAGAUCAUCAGGAGCUGCAGCCGCAGUCUGGAGGCGGAGGACGAGGACAGCCCCAGUGAGGGGAGCGGCUCUCGGAAAAACUCCCUGAAGGACAAAGCUCGCUGCCAGUUUGUAAUUGGAGAUUUGCUGGAUACAGAAAAUGACAUCUUUGAGCAGCCCAAAGAGUGGGACCCUCAUGGAUUAGAAGAGCCACAGAAGGCCUUUGACCACGGGAUAGAGCUCAUCCCAUGGUACGUGCUGUCCAUCCGAGCUGACGUGCACCAGUUCCUGCUGCAGGGGGCCACGGUCAUCCACUAUGAUCAGGACACACACCUCUCUGCCCGCUGCUUCCUCCAACUUCAGCCUGACAAUAGCACCUUGACCUGGAUAAAGCCCACCACGGCCUCCCCAGCCAGUGCAAAAGCAAAACUUGGUAUGCCUGCUGCCACGUCCGAGCCUGGCAAAUUCCCGUUACUGGGCAAUGCUGGAUUAAGUGGCCUGGCGGAGGGGGUCUUGGAUCUGUUUUCCGUAAAGGCUGUGUACAUGGGGCACCCUAGCAUUGAUAUACACACUGUGUGUGUUCAGAACAAACUGAGUAGCAUGUUUCUCUCGGAGACUGGUGUGACACUGCUCUAUGGGCUUCAGACCACGGACAAUAGAUUACUGCACUUUGUGGCACCAAAGCACACAGCUAAAAUGCUCUUCAGUGGAUUGUUGGAACUCACUAAAGCUGUGAGAAAGAUGAGGAAGUUCCCUGACCAAAGACAGCAGUGGCUGCGGAAACAGUACGUCAGCCUCUAUCAGGUAAGGGGUGUGACCUUCCCUCUCUCCUCAAUAGCAUCAUUCUCCAGGUAUAAAUCUUGGCAACUAGACCACCAGGGCUCAUUCUCCCAGCUCAGUCACUUCCUACCUGAGUACAUGCAGAGGAACAACACCCUGGGCAUCGGUACUGCCAAGAAGAAGAAGAAAAUCCUUAUGAGGGGUGAGAGUGGAGAGGCCACCGACGAUGAGAUGGCCACCCGAAAGGCCAAACUGCACAAAGAGUGUCGAAGCUGGAGUGGCUCUGAUCCUCAGGACAUUAACGAGCAAGAGGAGUCAGAGGCGAAUGCCAUCACAAGCCCGCCUAACCCUCUCCCUUCCAGAAGAGCCCACUCUCUGACCACGGCUGGGUCCCCCAUCUUGGCUGCCGGGACGUCAUCUCCCAUCAGGCCAGUGUCCUCCCCUGUGCUGUCUUCAAACAAGAGCCCGUCCAGUGCCUGGAGCAGCAGCAGCUGGCACGGCCGCAUCAAAGGAGGAAUGAAAGGCUUCCAGAGCUUCAUGGUUUCCGACAGCAACAUGAGUUUUGUUGAAUUUGUGGAGCUGUUCAAAUCCUUCAGUGUAAGGAGCCGCAAGGACCUGAAGGAUCUCUUCGACCUCUACGCCGUGCCCUGCAACCGGUCAGGCUCUGAGUCGGCCCCGCUCUACACCAACCUAACCAUUGAUGAGAACACCAGCGGUCUUCAGCCUGAUCUAGAUUUGUUGACCAGAAAUGUCUCAGAUUUGGGGCUGUUCAUUAAGAGUAAACAGCAGCUGUCAGACAACCAGAGGCAGAUCUCUGACGCCAUUGCUGCUGCAAGCAUCGUGACGAAUGGCACUGGGGUCGAGAGCACAUCCCUGGGCGUGUUUGGGGUCGGCAUACUUCAGCUCAAUGACUUCCUAGUGAACUGCCAGGGAGAACACUGCACUUACGAUGAAAUCCUCAGCAUCAUCCAGAAGUUUGAGCCUAGCAUUAGUAUGUGUCAUCAGGGCCUAAUGUCAUUUGAAGGAUUUGCAAGGUUUCUGAUGGAUAAAGACAACUUUGCUUCGGAAAACGAUGAAUCACAGGAGAACAUUAAAGAAUUACAGCUGCCCCUCUCCUACUAUUACAUUGAAUCUUCACACAAUACCUACCUCACAGGCCAUCAGCUCAAAGGAGAAUCCUCAGUAGAACUCUACAGCCAGGUACUGAGAAAUCCCCUUGGAAUCUGUAGGAGCGUAGAGUUGGACUGCUGGGACGGAGAUGAUGGGAUGCCCAUCAUUUACCAUGGACAUACACUGACAACCAAGAUCCCCUUCAAGGACGUGAUCGAAGCCAUUGAUCGCAGUGCCUUCAUCAACUCUGACCUGCCAAUCAUCAUAUCAAUUGAAAACCACUGUUCAUUGCCUCAGCAACGAAAAAUGGCAGACAUUUUCAAGACUGUAUUUGGAGAAAAACUGGUGGCUAAGUUCUUAUUUGAAAGUGAUUUCUCAGAUGAUCCAAUGCUUCCUUCCCCUGACCAACUUAGAAGGAAGGUGCUUCUCAAAAAUAAGAAGCUAAAAGCCCACCAGACGCCGGUGGAUAUCUUAAAGCAAAAGGCUCAUCAGUUAGCAUCCAUGCAAGCUCAGGCUUACAAUGGUGGGAAUGUCAACCCCCCACCUACUAAUAAUGAGGAGGAGGAAGAUGAAGAGGACGAGUACGAUUAUGACUAUGAAUCUCUCUCUGAUGAUAACAUUCUAGAAGACAGACCUGAAAGCAAAUCGUGUAGCGACAAGCUUCAGUUUGAGUAUAAUGAAGAAAUCCCCAAGAGGAUAAAGAAAGCAGACAACUCUGCUUGCAACAAAGGAAAGGUGUAUGACAUGGAGUUGGGAGAAGAAUUUUAUCUUCCUCAGAAUAAAAAAGAAAGCAGACAGAUUGCACCAGAGCUUUCCGACCUUGUCAUCUAUUGCCAAGCAGUAAAAUUCCCAGGCCUGUCAACUCUAAAUGCAUCUGGCUCUAACAGAGGAAAAGAAAGGAAAAGCAGGAAGUCCAUUUUUGGCAACAAUCCGGGCAGAAUGAGCCCUGGGGAGACGGCAUCACUUAACAAAACAUCUGGAAAAAGUUCCUAUGAAGGAAUGCGACAGGCCUGGGAGGAGUCUUCUUCCCCCCUCAGCCCAGCCACGUCCCUCAGCGCUAUCAUUAGAACUCCCAAAUGUUACCAUAUCUCAUCGCUGAAUGAAAAUGCCGCCAAACGUCUGUGUCGCAGGUAUUCUCAGAAACUGAUCCAGCACACCGCCUGUCAGCUGCUGAGGACUUACCCGGCUGCCACCCGCAUCGACUCCUCCAACCCCAACCCCCUCAUGUUCUGGCUGCACGGGAUACAGCUCGUGGCACUCAACUACCAGACAGAUGAUCUCCCUUUACAUUUAAACGCUGCCAUGUUUGAGGCCAACGGUGGCUGUGGCUAUGUGUUGAAACCCCCAGUUCUGUGGGACAAGAACUGCCCCAUGUAUCAGAAGUUUUCUCCCCUGGAAAGAGACCUGGACAACAUGGAGCCCGCCGUCUACUCUUUGACUAUUGUCUCUGGCCAGAACGUGUGCCCGAGCAACAGCACAGGAAGCCCGUGCAUCGAGGUCGACAUCCUGGGCAUGCCGCUGGACAGCUGCCACUUCCGCACGAAGCCCAUCCACCGGAACACUCUGAACCCCAUGUGGAACGAGCAGUUUUUCUUCCGGGUUCACUUUGAAGACCUCAUAUUUCUUCGUUUUGCAGUUGUGGAAAACAACAGCUCGGCGGUCACUGCUCAGAGGAUCAUCCCACUCAAGGCUCUAAAGCGAGGAUAUCGACAUCUUCAGCUGCGAAACCUCCACAAUGAAGUCUUGGAAAUCUCUAGUUUAUUCGUAAACAGCAGAAGGAUGGAAGAAAUCUCCUCUGGCAGUUCCGUGCCGGCCUCUUUGAUGUUUAGUACAGAAGAAAGAAAAUGUUUGCAGACUCACAGAGUCACGGUGCAUGGCGUCCCAGGUCCGGAGCCCUUCACUGUUUUCUCUAUAAAUGGAGGCACCAAGGCAAAGCAACUUCUCCAGCAAAUUCUGACCACUGAGCAAGACACCAAACCUAUUGCCGCAGACUACUUUUUGAUGGAAGAAAAAUAUUUUAUAUCUAAAGAAAAGAAUGAAUGCAGAAAACAGCCGUUCCAGAGGGCCAUUGGUCCCGAGGAAGAGAUCGUGCAGAUUUUAAGCAGCUGGUUUCCAGAAGAGGGCUAUGUUGGCAGGAUUGUCUUAAAAACCCAGCAGGAAAACCUGGAAGAGAAAAGCAUUGUUCAAGAUGACAGAGAGGUGAUCUUGAGCUCGGAGGAGGAGAGUUUCUUUGUCCAAGUGCACGACGUUUCUCCAGAGCAGCCGCGGACAGUCAUCAAAGCGCCGCGCGUCAGCACCGCACAGGACGUCAUUCAGCAGACCUUAUGCAAAGCCAAGUACUCCUACAGCAUCCUGAGCAACCCCAACCCGAACGACUACGUACUUUUGGAAGAGGUGGUGAAAGACACAGCCAACAAGAAGUCUUCUACCCCCAAGCCCUCCCAGCGGGUCCUUUUGGAUCAGGAGUGUGUGUUUCAAGCCCAAAGCAAGUGGAAAGGUGCAGGAAAAUUCAUCCUUAAGCUAAAGGAGCAAGUGCAGGCAUCCAGAGAAGACAAGAGAAAAGGCAUUUCUUUUGCAAGUGAAUUCAAGAAGUUCACCAAGUCAACUAAACAGCCCCGAGGACUCACAUUACCUUCUCAGGUCUUGGUUUCGGAAAGUGUCCAAAACAAAGAGGAGAGACCUGUGGGUGGCAGCGACACGAUGGACUAUCGACAGUGACCAUGGGCAGCAUGUUUAACCAGGUGAAGACCUUUUGGCAAGAAGUUAAAGUCAAGAAUGAGCGUGGUGGAAAAAUACAUAUUUUCCUUGCUUUCAUUCAACUUAAACUGGAAACUGAUGAUUUCUGGACCGAAGCUUUCAUCACACACGAUGUGAGGUCUACACGGAGGACAAGCGAAAUGGCACAGGGCUAGCUACCAACCAUUUUCCUGAUGAAUGAAGCAAAGAAGCCCAGGAGAUUGUCCUUUUAUAAAUGUCAACAGUUGUUAAAAAGGAAAAAAAAAAAAGAAA